CGGAAUACAUUUUAAAUCGGAAACGAAAAUAAAGGUCUGUCAUUGGACUCAAGGCAGUAAAGCUGGCUAUCGAGCGUCAACCUUUUAUAUGAGAGCAGAACACCAACUAACUUGAUGUAGCAAUAUAAGCAGUGGAAAAUAUGGAGGUUGAGGAGGAGACGACUCUGUCGGCGUGGGAUAUACUGCCAGAUGAUGUUGUUCUGCACAUUUUGUCAUUUUUGCCACCAUUUUCUGUGGUUAAAAUGUCAGAAACUUGCAGGAGGAUGAAUCAAGUUGCAUUUGAUGAACAGCUAUGGAAAUUGCAUUUAUACAAAUAUUAUCGAAUUCCAAGGAACAUAGGAAUUGCUCCUGGUAAAACUUCCUGGUUCCAGGAAUUUAAAAGACUGUACUAUCAUACACCGGAGGUGAAGGGCACUGUCAUAAAACAGCACACAGACCAGGUUCUGCAUGUCAGCUUCUCUCACAACGGUGAGAUGUUUGCUACCUGUUCCAAGGAUGGUUUCAUUAAGGUGUGGACCGCAAACUACCCGAUACAGCUGAGAAACAAGUACGACAUGAGAAGCAUGACAUGGAAGUACACACAGUUCUCACAGUUCAACAGAACGGACAGUCUGCUGUUGGUGUCCGGGGUCCACUUUGGGAGUCACAGCACCUCAGGGGAAAUAGCUGUGUUCAGUCUAGAAGGAGAGUUUGAGCUCCAGGCCAGAGUGAUAAACAAACCCUAUGAUGUAUUUGGGACUUGGUAUAAUGACAACUAUCUCCUGUCUGGAAAUCUGCAUAUCACAGGACAGCUUCAGUCAUGCUCUUCAAUAAUUCUAAAUAAGGGUUUUCAGGACAUUGAAUCAGAGCAUGAGUCGGUGGUAAUGGGACUUUAUCGAUUUGAAAAUCAAAAUGCAAGUUCUAUAAGAACACUCCUAGUAACCAAAUGUUUAACUGACUCGGAAGGCAAGCUGGAGUGUGAAAGUGACUCCGUGGAACAAUCCAUCCUUGAAGACUGUGAUAGUGUUGUAGUCAGAUCAGCUGGCCCCAGUCCAUCCUCUUCAGAGGAUACGCAGUUAAAAACCUCCGUGGACAAUGUCUGUAAGAAAGUUCAGCAAGUAACUGUGUAUGAAAAUGGAGCAUUGAGGGAGAAAAUGAUUGAAGUAGAUGCAGAUGACAAAAAUUGUCACGAAAUCAACAGCACUAUCACAUAUAGCCAAGCCUACAGGGACGCGGAAGAUGACAUUGCUUCCACCAGUGUUGAUGGGAAAGCUGAUGUGGAGAAUUGCAAUGUUGCAAAGUGCUCGCCUUCAGAUUUAAAACUGAAGACAGUAAAUUCUGACGUGUCCAUGAAAGGCAUUGACAAUUCCUGUUCAGAAUGUAAGCAAUCUGACUGUGAACAUAAUUGUUACAGGGGGAUGUAUACCAGCGGGUCUGUUUUUGGCUAUCCCCUUCAGUCAAAUAUUCUCUUCAGUCAGGAUCGCUCUCAUGUGAUCAAAGGUCAGAACCCCUUUCCAAACAAAAGGACUGUUCCAUAUAACAGAAAAGAGAAGACAUCUUCCACCAACAUCCCUUCCACUUCAGAAAACUCCUCUAGUCAACGAAAAUGUAAAUUUCCUGAUAAGUAUCUAAUUUUCACUCGAGGAUCAGAAACUUUUACUCCGCAUCAGAUUGGAAUCAAGAGGAUGAAGUCACUGGAGAAGGUGACAGGAAACCGAGUGCAGGUGAUGCCUAAUGUAGAAGACAACUUGCAUGGUUUGGAUCACCAGGGCUACGAUGAAGUGGAUCAUGUGAUUGAACUCCAUGGUCACAUCAUCGGAUUGAGUCUGUCUCCUGAUGAUAGGUACUUAUAUGUGAACUGUAGACAGUGGCCCAAGAACUACACCAUAGAAAACCCAUUCUAUCCCCCGCCUAUAGCCCAGGAAAUCGACAUCCAUGUCAUUGACCUGUUGAAGAUGAAAAAAGUGGGCACCAUGCACCAGGCUCACAAAGCCUACACCCCUAAUGAUGAGUGCUUCUUCAUCUUUCUGGACGUUUCCAAUGAGUAUGUAGCCAGUGGAGCUGAGGAUAAGCAUGGCUAUAUAUGGGAUCGUCACUAUGGAAUCUGCCUACAUAAAUUUCCUCACACUGAUGUAGUCAACAGUGUGGCGUUCAACCCGCGUGACCCAGAGACUCUGGUGACUGUUAGUGAUGACCACUCCAUCAUUGUGUGGCGGUCUAGAAACAGGGACAGACAAAUCAAGGAGCAGGAGUUAAGAGGCACAAACAGCAUGUGCUACAACAGCUGACAAUAAUCACCGUACUGAUAGAAAAUGCGCAAACUUAUGCUGAAUUCUUAAAUAGAUACAAUUGUAUAUGUAGCUAUUGCAUUGUAUUGCGUCCCAGUGUAUUUUUUUGAAGUGAAAACCUGUGUGUAUCUUUUCCUGAGUAUGAGAUUUUUAUGCGAGUAUAGUACAUUUAAACGGAAGGCUCAAUUGAGCUCUUCUGAUCAAAUUUUGUACUUUAUCUGGUUGUACACGUAUAAACUUUAAGCAGAGUUAGUUUGUUAUGCAUUAUGCAUAUAUUACUUGGCUUUGAAGGCAACAUACCUGAAUAUUUGCCUCGAGAUGACAGGAAAGCUCUGGGAUGUUAUGUUUUUGUCUGAGGCCAUUUAUUGAUUCAACAAGUUCAAUUUAUUGACACAUAUAUAUAAGUGUAGGAUCUCUUUAUUGCCAAUAGUAGUGAUAAUUUACUUUAACGCUACUGUUGUUGAAAGGCAUCACUGGGACCUUUCAAAAACCAAAGAAAUGUUUUCGAAGACCAUACCUAAUAGAAAUCAUACAUCUCUGUAUAAAUUUCCCUAAUCUGAAUUUUGCAAUCUAGCAUAGAAUUGUUUCAGAAAUGUUUUCAGCCCCGACUUCAGAUACAUGAUCAGUUCCGUGAUGUUAUUCCUGGUUCCUCACAGUAGGUUUUUAGCACAUUUAGAGUCUUGUAUUGAUGACUUUUGUUGUGUUGGUGGAAUUCCUCUUAUCAGUUAAGGUAUCCAAGUCAUUGGAAUUGAGAUGAACAAACCUCAGGCCCUUAUUUGUCAUUUUGAAUAUUGCAGUAGUCUAUAUACCUUUGUAUAUUUGUUUAGAAGCUGUUAUAUUUGCAUCUCAAAACCUAGGAAAUUGAUAUUCAAAAUACAUGUAAAAGCAUGAGAAAAUGAUUUUGAUGUUUUGAUCCUUUUUUUUUUUUUUUGGUCUUAAGAUUUUUUUUCACUGUUAAACAACUGCUGUUUUCUUUUUGCAAAAACAUCAAAUGCAUUGGAGAAUAUGACUUAGUUUACAACCAUUGAGCUGUCCAGAAAUAAGUUUGUAGUGACAACAUCAACCAUGUUUCAUGUUUGUAUAAAGGAAAAUUAUACAAAAUGUGAACAUUUGUUUCAGAAGAAAAAAAAAUUGUGGUUGAAGUCAUACAUUUGGGAUGUUAUACUAUAUGUUAGGAUCCCUUGCAUUUUCUAUAGAUGACAUAUCAGAGCAUACACUCUUCAUUAAAAUGUAGUAACUUUUGGGUUAAUGUGAAUUAAGGUCAUUUUAGGGCCAUGUCAUACAUACUUCGUUAUAUAUGAAAUGCUUCCUUAUACUUUAUGGAUGAUGAAAGUUUUGCAUUUAAGGAAGUUCUCUACAUUGUCAUAAUGGCUGACUUCCUUUCAAAACAUGGAUGAAAAUAUAAAUAUCAGCAAUAUUUGUCUAUUCAUAUCAAAAAGCAUUGCCUAGCCGAGUAGCUCAGUAAGUUAGCACGUCGACUGCUGAACUGUAGAUCGCAGGUUCAAGUCCAGCAGGGGUUUUAAUUUUUUUCAGAUUGCUUUCUACUAAAUCUGCAUUUUUUGACUAAAUAAAGUAGAUUUAAAAAUUUAUCAGUUUCAAAAUAUUGUUGUAUAUAUCCACUUUUCAUCCAUAUCAAAUUUCUCUGGUGUAGAAUAACUCCUUAAAAAUUCUUGAAAACUUUGAUAAAGAAGAGAGUAUGUAAUUUGAUGUGAAAGUGCCAUUAGACAAUGUAGGUUUACUUAUAUUAAUUGGGCUUUGUAGUAGGGUUCCAGAUUUUACUUUUUUAAAGAUGCAACUCUCACAACAUGACUAAAAUUUAUCAAUAGAAUUUUUCACCAUGCAUUAUUGUAUAGUGUAGAUGAAGGAUGCAUUAUGUUGUGGGAAUGAACUUCUAAACAUUGGAGAAAGGGCACUCAGGUGAGCGCUGUGGUCCGUGGGACUCUGAUUCUAUACUUGAACCUAUGUUCUCUAUCUAACUAUUAUGCAAAAUACUGUUUAGGAAAGAAAAAUUGUUAAUCUUACAAGAUCUGAUUUUAAAACCCAGUUUUUGAAGUAAUUUUUAUUGCAUAUUGGCAUAGAGGUGUCAUAUUUGAGAUAGCAUUUAUAUUUAGCAUCUAUGCUGCACAUAUGCAUUUGAGAAAAUAUCUUCCUGCAUAUGUAUGGAUUGUAUUGUGUAGAUAUUAAUGCAAGAAAAAUAAACUAUGCAGACCAGUCAAACCUUUGAUUAACACAUGCCUUCAGUGAGAGUAUGAUCAUCUCCUUGAAUAUAGUCGAGUUCAUUGUCAACUUCAAAGAUCAGGCCUGGAGGUUAUACAACUCAUACUCAAACUCAGCCAUGUUUGUUUUGAGUACAACUCUGAGCAAUCUCCAAGCAUACUCAAAACAUUUCAAGCAUGUACUCCAUUCAAGAUUGAAAGAAUUUGGUAAAAUUAAUUUUUUUUUAUAUAAACCUUCACUUUUGAGUACGAGCACGGGCACUGGAAGUUAAUGUAAAUAUAUAGUAUGUGCAUGUAUAAAAAAGGAUGCACAUACUAUAUAUUUACAUUAACUUCCAAUGCCCGUGAGUACGAGUACAAUUUAGAGCGCAGUUUGAGUAUGAAAAUGUGCUCAAAAGUUUUAUAAUCUCCAGGUCAGUUCAGUAAUAAGAGAAUGAUUACACAUCAAAACAAAUUGUGAUGAUCAUACACUACCUGGUACCAUACCUCAACAGUAAAUUUACAGUGUCAUUCAUAUGUUCAAUGUUUCAUCUUGUUAAUAGUGGAAGUGUAUCGUAUUUCUCAUUGUACUAUUUUCCUGGAUUGACAAUAAUUUUUCAUUUCUCCAUCUCUCAUUUUCUUGGAUUGUUUGAUAACAAUUUCUUAUUACCAAUGUAAUAUAAGUGACAAAGUUGAUCAGCAAACCCUUUUGAGCUUUUGUCUCAGGCUAGCUAAAAAGUAGAUGUGUAUCUCAACACUCGGUGAGCGACAUUCAUCUUUUUGAGGUGGCGAAGUGAAAAUGCAGAUAUAACAUAAACAACCAUGUCCUGUGCAUUAAAAUAUUUUUAUAAUGUGUGGAACUGUCACACUCUGGUUUUUUCAGUGAGCUAUAGUAAUGCUGCUAACUCGUGAUCAUGCAGGUAUUGUACUUGUAAUCGCUACCAUUGUAAGCAGGAUAUGGUUUCAUAGAAAUGUUAUUUAAGUUUUUAUGAUUAGUAAAGAGAGAUUCACCAUU